ACAAAAAGGGCUUUUGUUAGUCAUGAGAUAUGUUUGAUACAGCCAAAAAAAGAGCCCGCCCUUGUUCUAUCCGGAAUGCGUUGGAGGAUCCCAUGCUCUGCGUCUCCCUCUCAUCCACCAUAUCUCCAGUCCUACCUUAGGUACACUUUUCCUGGACAUCCGCUGCGGAGAUUUGGAUGCAUGGAGCUUCGUUUCUCUUCAUCCCCACUUUUGAUUCCAUUCCUCAAUUUUAAUGCAUGAGAUUUUUUGUCGUUUGGAUUAGGAAAAAACAUGUCUUCCCUUCUCCUCUCAUCCUCAUGCUUCUCUCUUCGCAAUUCCGAAGUUUCAUCUCCGCCCUCCCCUGUAAAGAAACCCCAACUCAAUCCCUGUGAAAAAUCCCAUUUCUUUCCACCUUUUCCUACAUAUUAUUUUUCAUUUUUCGUUUAUUGGAACAAAAUUUCUUAUUCUAUGUCGACCGGCGGCAAAGAUGCCAUCGCUUGUAGAGCUUCGUCGUCGGCGUCUCCCUCUCUCCGGCGAAUCUCCGAAGAGGGAAGUGGGCACCAAUUUCGCAGCGCAAAUGAAGGAGAUGAGGAUGACGAUUCCGAUGAGGAAGAGCAUGAAGGAGUAAUAGCUCAUGAUGUAGAUAUGGAGGAAGAUAUUAGUCCCACUUCUGUUCUGUCUCAUAGGUGGGAUGUGUUGGGCCUUGGCCAAGCUAUGGUUGAUUUCUCAGGCAUGGUUGAUGAAAACUUUCUGGACAGACUUGGAUUGGAAAAGGGGACAAGAAAGGUUGUGAAUCACGAGGAGAGGGGUAAGAUUCUGCGCGCAAUGGACGGGUGCAGUUACAAGGCUGCUGCUGGUGGUUCCCUUUCCAAUAGUCUCGUGGUGUUGGCCAGGCUCGGCCUUCAACCUAUUGGGGGCCAGUCUUUGAAAAUAGCUAUGGCAGGCAGUGUUGGAAGUGAUCCACUUGGCGGGUUCUACAGAUCCAAACUGAGGCGAGCAAAUGUGCGUUUCUUGUCCACACCCGUGAAAGAUGGAACAACAGGAACAGUUAUAGUUCUUACCACACCAGAUGCUCAGCGCACAAUGCUUGCACAUCAGGGAACAUCUUCAACCAUCAGAUACGAGCCAUUCUUGUCUAGAGAAAUUUCAAAAACAAACAUAUUACUUGUAGAGGGAUAUCUUUUUGAACUCCCUGAUACAGUGAAAACAAUAGCAAAAGCAUGUGAUAAUGCCCGUAGGUCUGGUGCAUUGGUUGCCAUCACAGCUUCUGAUGUGUCUUGCAUCGAAAGGCACUAUGAUGAUUUCUGGCAAAUAUUUGCAAACUUUGGGGACAUUGUGUUUGCGAAUAGUGAUGAAGCGAGAGCUUUGUGUCAAUUUAAGUCAAACGAAUGCCCCAUUUCUGCUGCAAGGUACCUAAGCCAUUUCGUUCCAUUAGUAUCAGUUACGGAUGGUCCAAGAGGCUCCUACAUUGGUGUAAAAGGGGAAGCCAUUUUCAUUCCUCCUUCCCCAUGUGUGCCCUUUGAUACUUGUGGUGCAGGUGAUGCUUAUGCAUCUGGCAUUUUGUAUGGCAUGCUUCGCGGUGUAUCCAACCUUAAGGGUCUGGGUACCCUUGCUGCCAAGGUUGCAUCUGUAGUUGUAGGGCAGCAAGGUACCCGGCUUAGGGUACAGGAUGCCACUGGUUUGGCAGAAUCAUUCGAAUACCAGUGUAAGAAUUCGUCUAUUUGUUGGUCUGCUGAUAUUGGUUCUGAUCAAAUAUCUAGCUUGUGACACUAGGCAAUUAGACAUACCUCAUCCCUUUUGAUUAUGUGAAUAUGAUUUCAGUUGUGGCUCCAAACAUCUGUAAACCUCUCAACUCAUUGUAAUUAUUUACUAGAAAUUGCAAGAUCACUCACCACGGUGGAAACGAAGUUGUCUAGGUUGAAAAUGUAUCCAUUGAUAUCUUUGAUGCGAUGUUGUCGUUAUGGAUGAAAAACAAAUGGACAGGAAACUU